CUCCCCGGGAGUCACUUGUUCAAAAUGGAGUCGUCUUGUUUGAGAAGACUCCACACUCUCUCGGAUUCAUCUACGGGCGUCGCGGCCGAUGCACUAAAGCUCUAUUCGCCCACAACCCAUCAAGCGUCGCUCAGAACCACGGCGAAGAAGAAUAAGAAGACAGAGAAAUUGGCGGCUCGCCCGUCCAUGCUUUUGGAAGGGAGGGAUGACGAGGUCGUACCUGCAACGUUGGCCAUCCCUGCCCCUGUCAGUAUCCAGCAGGCAGGCCCUAUUUCCCCAAAGGUCGCCGAAGCAGAAGAUUCUCUCUGCUUGAAGACGCAGUAUUUUGAGGAUGUCUUCACCGCACGGGGGCCACAUGAUGCUAUAAAAGACAAGCUGUACCAAGAAUCGCUUGUCGUUGUUGAAAUCAAAACCAAUGCGAAGGUCAAGGAAGACGAGCCCCAACUGCUCUCGGCCAUUUUGGUCCGUUUGGCGGAGAUCUUUCAAAGGCCAGAAUCGUCGAUGCUCGUCACUAUUCAGCAGAAUGCGUGUCUUGCCUAUGGAAAUUCUCCUCUUGCAGCAUACCUGGUGAAAGUGUACUCUCUACCAUGCUCAAUUGCCCCCGUCAUGAACCUACGCCACACUGUCUUGAUACAGUCAGUUCUGGAAGAGCUUUUGCGUAUUGAGCCUGACCGGGGAGCUAUCAUAUACGUCUCCAUUCCGGAAGAGAACCUGGCCACGAAGGGGGAGACGGCAAGGACAGCAAUAACAUCACUUGAUCAAGGCUCAGAGGAAGAGCCAGGCGUCCUCCGAAGCAUUUCACGGUCACUGAGCAGAAGGCUGCGAACUACCAGUACCCGCAGUUCGCGACAUUCGUUUGCAACGACAACAUCUCGACCCUUAUUGGCAGAGGGCAGAGAACCUACGGAGACGGAAAAUAAAGGUACUGAUGAAAUUUCUACUGGCGAGGCGACUGUUGCAAUCAAGAAAACCAAAAGCUUAAGAAAAUUUGUCACACGCAAAUUGUCGGAGCUGGGAUCUCUUGGUGAUGUCUAGGAGCCAUGUGUAAAUCAAUGGCUAUGCAGUGUCCACUAUCGGGAUAGUUCAGAAAAGGUUCAAAACCAAGUGUAUGGUCUACUAGCCGUGUGAUCAUAGUUCAGGGACUUGGAAAAGAUAUCGAGAGAUUGGGUCUGUGGUCUUUGCAGAAAUAAAGGUUAGAUUAUUUGGUUUCAUAUCCACCGUAAGAGUCAGUUCCCUGGAAUAUAUUUGCAAAAAUUAGGCAACACUGGAGGGUCCAUUGGGCCUAAGGCCUGUUUGGGAUGGACGUAAGG